UACAGAGGUGUUUGACUUCAGUGACAUGAUCUGGCAUGACUUUUUUAGGUGUUCCGACAUGGAGAUCGAUCACCAAUUGAGUCAUAUCCCAGGGAUCCACAUGGCGAGGAGGUGUGGGCUCAAGGAUUUGGACAACUCACAGAGUUGGGUAUGAAACAGCAGUUUGAGCUGGGGAGAUUCCUGAGGAGGCGCUACGGACCUUUCCUGAAUGAGAACUACGAUCACAGAGAAAUCUAUGUGCGCAGCACAGACUAUGACCGGACUCUGAUGAGCGCUCAGGCCUGCUUGGCCGGGAUGUUCCCACCCACCAGGCACCCUGCCCCGAUCUCACCGCAGUUGCCAUGGAGGCCCAUUCCAGUGCACACUGUUCCCCGAGCCCAGGACAAGCUGCUGAGGACCCCAGGCAAAGAUUGUCCAAGGUUCAGAGCCCUCAUGACGGAGACGCUGGAGAGCCAGCCGUACCAGAGAUUCCUCAGAGCUCACCAGUACUUUGUGGAGAGGCUGUCCAACCACACUGGCUACUCCGUUUCCAAACUGGCAGGCAAGAAAAUCUGGAGGGUCUAUGACACGCUGACCUGUCAGAGGAUUCAUAACUUGACUCUCCCACGUUGGGCCACCCAAGACGUUCUGGAUACCCUGAAGAAAAUUGCCUCUUUUGAGGUCAUCUACAGCAUCGUCAGUCACAAGAGGAAAGAGAAGGCGCGACUGUCAGGGGGGAUGCUUCUGAAGGCCAUCAUGAGGAAUUUCUCCGACGCCGUGGAGCAAGAGAGCCCACUCAAGUUCAUCAUGUACUCGGCACACGACUCGACACUCAUCACACUGCAGGCUGCGCUCAACGUCUACAACAGCCUGCUUCCUCCUUACGCCGCCUGUCAGCUCUUUGAGUUCUACCAGGAGUAUGAUGGAUCCUUCUCUCUGGAGCUGCACUACCGGAAUGACUCCAUGCAUGAACCCUAUCCCAACAAUGUCCCAGGAUGUGAUGGGAUGCAUCCUUGCCCUCUGUCUACAUUCACGGAGCUGGUGCAGGAUGUGAUGGCGGAUGACUGGGAGGAGAAGUGUGGCUCUAGACUGCGACUGUCAAGCGCAGGGAUCAUUACAGCACUAGCUGUGGCGGUGGGUCUUCUGGCAGUGGCGCUGUUGUUCAGCGUUGGAGUGGCAAUUCACAGGAGAAGAACAAACUACUCCAGAGGGGUUUAGUGAAGAAGUGUCAGCUGGAAACAGCUCUAGUAAUCAUGUGACGAUUGGCUGUGUGGGGACGGGUUGUCUGUGCUGUUGCUACGUAAACAGUUAGAAUGUACUCUGGUGCCUUUCAGCAGAACAAAUUUAAACCAAUUUAUUUACAGCAGCGAUUGAUCUUUAUUUGAUUCACUCAUGACUGUCAGCACAGAACACUAACUGGUUGUCUGGAGUGAAAGUUCCAGCUUCUUUGCUGUCGUGUUUCUCACUUCUCCUCCUUGUUUGGAUCGACGGGGACUGUGGGAUGAAAGCAAAUGAAAUGUCAAACAAGGAGCCAAAUGAGAUAUAAUUCCCGAGACCGCGAAAUCAAUGAGGCCAAAUUGAAACGAAGAAAUUCACAUGUAACGGGCAGGUGAUGCAGAACAGCAGCACGAGUAGAGAAACGCACAAUGGAAUUGAAAUUUGAACGUGAGAACGCACAAAGUUUCAACGUAUUCUACGCAGUAGAACACUUUAACGAUUUAUCAGUCAAGAGUCCACAUGAGAGUUCCCUCUUUUAGCUUGGUUAAUUUGACACAAGGUAAAAAGCCGCCUCAGCAGGGUCCGGGAGAAGGGCUUCAUGGGCUGUUUGAAUCGAACGUCAAUUUCCUCUCUCUGAAAUACCUUAAAAACAGCCUCAGAUUGUUUUUCGUAGCAGCGUAUUGACGUGUCCUUAACUCGACUCCGCGGUUUGGAAACUUGGAUGGGUCAGCGAAGUUCCUGCCUUUGAAAGUCUUGUACAUACCAUCAGACCUGAGUCUAUAGCCGACACUUUCUCAUGAUAUAAUAAUACUUAUAUAGUUACUGUAUAAACCUCCUGAAACCUUAGCUCUUACCUGGAGUGCAUUUCUAUUUGUUUCUUUGUGCUGUCUGAUAUUAGACAGUUCAAAAAGACAUAAGUAAAUGUUCUCUUUGGAGGAAAAAAAACAAAAAAAGAAACAUAUCAGUCAGUCAUUCUUUACCCUUAUUAUCUUCUACUACUACUUUUGAAAAUGUGUUGAGAACAUGAGACUCUGGAUCAAAUGAAUGGGAUGGGUCGUGCAUUUUUAUCUGGUAGCUGGUGUAGAACUCAUCAUUAUAAGAUGGUGCAGGAAUAUUAUGUCAUCCAAAAUAGUUAUACACACGUAUAUUAAUUUGGACACAGUUAGGGAAAAUUAUCAAAACAGACAAACUAAUAAUAAUAAGGAGAAUUAGUAGAAAGAUUAACAAUUGAUAAUAAUAAUUAAUAUACUGAAGUGACUUGAGCUUUCUAGAUGGGUUUUGAUAUGCCUGGAAAUUUGGGUCAAUCCUGCGUCUUUGCACGUAUCAGGAAACGUAACAUGAAGAAGGGAGGUGCAGCAGCCGGUGGUGAAGCCACUCAGUACCGAACACUGUAUCACACAAGCCGAGUCCGACUUGAGUCUCGAGACACUGAUAGGUGUGACUUGAGUCCAAGUUGCCAAUCCUCCUCGGCUAGCCUAACCCCAAGUGCCACAGGUCUGGAGUCGCAGCAGCCAAUUGCUCAUCUCACUUACGAUGGAUAUCCAGCUUGCACUCCACCUCAUCCUGGCCGAGCUCGUUCACAGCCAUGCAGGAAUAUUUGCCACCAUCGAAGGUGCUCGGCUUCCUGAUGUUGAGAGUCAGGACGCCUUGGUUGUUUUGCAUCAAGUACUUGGGAUCUUCACCAAUGAUCAUCUUGUUCUUCAUCCAGAUGAUCUUGGGCUGGUGAGGAAGUGGGAAAACAAUUUAAAAAACACACUGGCAGCUAAGGUUCUAAUCAUACAGUUCUCACUGUUGUGCGCUAGUCAAGUGACACAAUAUGAAACUACAGUCACAGACAGGUCAUCAAACUGGAGCCUUUUGUGUCCUGUUCAGUUCGUGAGCUCGUGAAAAUGUAAAGAAUUAUCAAAAAUGUAUACAAAAUGAUCAAAUUGUAAACUGUCAAUCCAAAAUGUUCCAUUUUUACCCAAAUCUCUUCAUUAUUUUGACUACAUUGUCACUGUGUGUUUUUGUUUUCCAAA